UUAGAAGGGUGACUUAAAUUUUAAUUUACUAAUAUCUACUUUUACCUAAAUAUCUUAACAUCAUCACGACUAGCCUGUCAGGAAUGGUACGCAAGUAUACAGAGGGUUACUAACAGCGAAGACAGACAACAAAGGGACAAUGACUGGUGGUCCGCAUGGUCAGCAUGACAAGCUGAUUUCUGAAGCAUCCAGUACCUCUUUGCCCUGUUUCUCCAUGUCUCAGUAUUCCUCGCUCCGAGAGCAACGGUUGAAGUCGCCAGCAGAAGGUCAAGCCCUUCAGGAGCUAUCAAAAGACAAGCCCAUCUUGAAACAUGCCGAAGGCCACACUACUACCUUUAUUAAAACAUUGCAGGAGGUCGAAAAUGGCUUGAUGCAGCAGAUAACAUACUUAAUGCAAGUCACAACAGGUCAGCCACAUGAGGGGUCAUGUUAUGCAGCAGCCAAAGACCUGCAGAUGGCAAUGCACCGCAGUGAGCAUGUCAAGAGUCGGCUGGGCGAACUGGAAAAGCUGAAGCAGGAGCACCUACGGAUGAAACAUUCAGGGUUGGUGCGAGGUUACUCUCUUCCUGAGCAACCCAGGUAGCUUGGGUUUUGCUAGCUGACCUCUGACUUUAUGUUAUGCAAAGGGUAUACUUGCAACAAACCAUUUGUUUGCUUCCAUCAUUGGACAAUGAUCUUGGUAAAAUACAGUGGUCAGAGGCAUGUUGUAGGACUUGACAAAUAGUUGGAAAAAGAGUAAAUUGAAGUUUGGGUACAUGGACAAGAUAGUUUGCCAGAUUUGAACAUCAAAGAACUUCAUACAUGUUAGGUGGUGUUUUAGCGGGUUUGCAGAUAUGGGUUGAUUAACAAACAUUGCUAAAUAGAUGUUGAAGAUAAUGGUAUGCUACAGGUUCCUGCAACUUGCUGAUGAUGAAAUUCAAGGUUACUUUAAAUUCUGGUACUUUAUAAUUAAAUUUCUUGAAAAUUUUUACUUUACAUUUGUGUUUUGGAGGUUUUUUUUGGGAAGGUUUUUGAGAGACCUUGGUUAUUGUUUAGUUAACAAUAAUUAUAACUUUCAAGGCCUGUUUCAAGAUAUGUUGCAGGUCUUUGAUAAAGGAGGAACCAGAAUCAGAAUAAAAAUGGGAAUAACCACACAAAUGCAUUUGUGGCUUUCAUGCAGUUUAAUCAGUAUAUAUAAUGUUAUACAAAGAUGAAAUUUUGUUACAUUUUGUAAUGUGGUGGUAAUGUGGACAUGUUCUAGUUUAAACUUCUUCAUGGUGCUAUGAAUAUUCUUUGUCUGUACUUGAGAGCAUGUACUUGCUGAGGUAGCAUGUUCCUCUUGAAACUUAAAGUAACUGUCAGUAAAAGCGUUAUUUUCUGCUCUCGAGUUACUGCACUACAAUUUGCGACAAAUGUUUGCACAUUUUAUGUACUUUCAUAUGAAUGGGAGUGUAGCCAUCUACAUGCAUCACUAGAGCAAUUUCAAUUCUCUUUCACACACAUUGAAAGAAAAUAAAUAUGUAAAUUCUGAACAAAA